GUCACGCCAAAACACCAGUAGCGCCAACCACGCCAAAAGAAACAAAAUACAAAUCGCUUGAUGUUUGAGGUUAGGUGUUAGACUUCACGUGUGCUGUAGAUUAACAAUGAAGAAAAAUAAUAAGCGUCGUCAUGCCGAGAUCGCGUCUGAAGAGAAUAAAGCACCAGGACCGCUACCCGCCGUGCGACAUUCAGACGAACCCGUCGCUAAAAAGACGAAAUGGACCAACAAACAACGCGUUCUGGUGUUCUGUUCCCGCGGAAUCAACUAUCGAGACCGGCACUUAAUGGAAGAUUUGAAAAAACUGAUGCCGCACCACAAACCUGAGUCAAAAGUGGAACGCAGUAAAAGUUUAACUGUCGUGAACGAGAUGUGUGAAAUGAAGAAUUGUAACAAAGCUGUGAUGUUCGAGGGGCGCAAGAAAAUGGAUCUGUAUUUGUGGCUGGCGAACGUCCCAAACGGACCUAGUGUAAAGUUCCUUGUAGAAAACGUGUACACAAUGAGUGAGCUCAAACUCACUGGUAACUGCUUGAGGGGCUCCCGGCCGCUUCUCAGCUUUGACCCCACAUUCAAAGAAAAACCCCAUUUCUUGCUCCUCAAAGAACUGCUAACCCAAAUCUUCGGUGUCCCUAACCACCACCCAAAAAGCCAACCCUUUUUUGACCACGUUUACACUUUCACGAUCUUGGACAACAGGAUAUGGUUCAGGAAUUUCCAGAUUUUGUCAGAAGACGGCGCUUUAGCUGAAGUGGGGCCCAGAUUUGUCUUGAAUCCUGUUAAGAUUUUUUCGGGGAGCUUUGGUGGCGCCGCGCUGUGGGAAAAUCCGUUUUAUGUGAGCCCCGCCAAAUACAGGCAGCAGAUUCGCCUGGCGGCGAAAAACAAGUAUCUGAAUCGCGUGCAGCAAAAAGCCCACGCUAGCACCGCCAAUUCCGGGGACGGGUACAAGAUGACGCCACUGGAUGACAUUUUCCAGGGCGACCCGCUGAAAAAGGCGCAGGAAAUCGAAAGUAAGGAAAAGGAGGAAAAGCAGACAAAUGGUGUGAAAGCAAAAGCGACGAGGAAGAGGUUGCCUAGAAAGAAAAAGUAAUUUUGUAAAAAAUUUAUAAAUAUUUUAUCAAAA